AUGGAGAAGAACUGCCCCACAGAGAAGCACGUUACUGAGGUCGAUGCCACAGCACUCAGUCUGUUGCCAGAUGAUGGACGAGAAAACACUGCCACUAACGAAUCAGCACAAGGCAACAAAGGACUCGAUCCUGAUGGUCUGCAAGGUCCAGACGACAACAGCGACGCAGAAUCUGUUGGAGGUCAAAGGAACACCAUGUCAUCGAAGCGACUCAUGAUAGCCAUUCCAGCUCUGUCAGUCUGUCUAUUCGUCUCAUUCGUGGACCAAACUUCCGUAUCAACAGCUACACCUGCCAUAGCAGAUGAUCUCAAUACCGGAACUGCUACUUCUUGGAUUGGAACAUCAUUUCUCAUUGCUUCAACGGCAUUUCAAUUGAUCAAUGGCCGCCUCUCGGACAUCUUUGGGCGAAAGAAUAUGCUACUAAUUUGUCUUUUCCUGAUGGCCUUAGGAGAUCUCGGAUGCGGAUUUGCCCAGACUGCUGCACAGUUAUUCGCCCUUCGAUCAAUAGCAGGUAUUGGAGGUGGUGGCAUCAACAGUCUUGUUAUGAUCAUCGUGAGCGAUAUCACGACGCUUCAAAACCGCGGAAAAUACCAAGGCUGUAUCGGUGCCAUUAUUGCUCUUGCAAAUGGAGUCGGCCCCUUUCUGGGAGGUGCUGUAGUCGAAGGCGCGACUUGGCGAUGGGUCUUCUGGAUGAUACCGAUCAUGACUAUUCCCACAGCUCUUGUCAUUCUCUUCUUGCUGCCCUUAAAACAUUGUUCUGGCAAUUUCGGAGAGAAGAUGAGAAAGAUCGACUAUGGCGGCAUAGUGCUCAACAUCGCAUCCACUCUUCUAAUUCUUGUACCUCUGUCAGGAGGCGGUGUUACCUAUCCGUGGUCAUCUGCCUUUUUCAUCGCUGCUACCGUCAUUGGUGUGAUCUUGGCGAUACUUUUUGUUCUCUAUGAAUGGAAGGCCGUCUCUUUACCUAUCAUGCCACUUCGACUGUAUCGAGCUCCUCACUGUUGGGCGCUUUAUCUUCAAACAGCCAUGAUCGGACUGGUUUAUUACGGAAACUUCUUCUAUCUACCCAUCUACUUCCAGUCAAUUUUGAGAUAUUCGCCGCUAGUGUCUGGAGCUCUGAUCUUACCGGUAGUCAUAACGUCGUCUGUCACAUCAAUUCUGAGUGGUCAGUACAUGGCCAGGGUCGGUAGCUACAUGCAUUGCAUUGCAGCGGGUUUCUUUCUAUGGACUUUAGGGAGCGGGCUCACUCUCAUGUUCGACCGCGACACCGGACUGGCUCGACUCAUCGUUAUUCUCAUCGUCGAGGGUGCUGGCAUUGGACUUACAUUACAACCCACACUUGUUGGAUUGUACGCUAACAGCCGAAGUGAAGAUCGAGCUGUCACGACUGGAUUGCGCAACUUCAUCCGCACAGUCGGAGGGAGUUUUGGUCUCGUCAUCUCUGGUGUGACUUUGUCGAACACACUGAGCUCAGAAUUGAAACGUGCUGGUCUCGCAUCAGACAGCUUGAUUGCUGAACUCACCUCUUCUACAUAUGCUCUUGACAAACUCGACUUGACUGAUUCGUUGAAGGAGAGAGUCCUGGAUGUGUAUAUGCUAGGGGUGCAUCAUAUCUUUAUAUUCUUCACAGCAUGUGCGGCGUCCGGGUUGCUAUUGACCUUUGGGGUUGGCAAUACUACUCUAAAGGCUCCAAAGCAGGUUGACGUCGAAGCGCCUUGUGAUGAGAACAAGAAAGCGACAAUCGAGCUGUCAGGGCAGCAUCCUGACGACAGAGAGCUGAACUUGGAGAGUGGUCGUGUCUCGAAGAAACCGACUGCGUAA